AUGUGCUUGGGCAUGUACAGAAGGCAUAAGUGGCUUUGGGACAAAAUUGUAGAGAAUUGUCCAGAUGUUGUUCCUUACUUAGAAGCAGAGCACAAACAGAUCUGGUCACGUGCUAAGUUCUCAGGAGAAUGCAAGGUUGAUUAUGUCAACAACAACAUAUCAGAAUGCUUCAACAGCUGGAUUAGGGAGACUAAAGGUUUGCCUGUGGAUACUCUUAUGGACACAAUCAGGGGGAUGAUCAUGGAAAAGAUAGCAAUUAGGCAACAUAUAGCUGAGAGACUUGAAGGGCCAAUUCUUCCUAGUGUUAUCAAUGAGCUCAAGAUGAAGAGUAGAAAUUUGAAGUACACGAUCAAGGCGAGUAGUGGGCUAAAGGCCGAGGUAUCUGGAUUGACUAAGGACAACUACCCUUGGAGGCAUGCUGUGGAUCUUGAUAUGAAAACAUGCUCAUGUGGUCAGUGGCAGAUUUCUGGUAAACCUUGCACCCAUGCUAUCUCAUUCAUAGGUUCGCUUAGAAGGGUUAAACUAGAGGACUAUGUGCAUGAUUACUACUCACUUGAGCAUUUCAAGGCUACAUAUCAAUUUGUGGUUAAUCCAAUGGUUGACAAAUCAGAAUGGCGUGUGGGUAAUCCCGGUUUUGAGAUGUUACCUCAAAAGCUAGAAAGGUCUGCUGGUAGGCCAAGAGUGAAAAGGAUCAAGAGUCGAGCUGCAUAA